AUGUUCCCUUUUAUCACUAUUCUCAUUUCUUUGAUCUACGUCUUCACCAUCGGAGAAGCUGGAUAUCGGAACAACAAUAGUUACUAUCAAUACCCAACGAAUCGAGGAUAUCAAAACCGGGGAUACUACCGUACCCAACCACAAUACAACUACAACAACUACAAGGGUUACGGUAACCACUACAACAACUACCAAAGACAGUACCAGGGAUACGGUAACAACUACAACAACUACUACGCGCAGCCUGCUCCUGCUGCUCCACCAAGAUUCCAGCCAUCACUUGCCGAGCUUCUGUUCGGUGGGAUGAGACAACAGCCGAGUUAUUCGAGUGGAGGGAUCAACUACGAUUCGUAUGGAAACUCAUUUGUGGGCACCAAGGAAAACGGACUGUACUUGUUUUGUAAUGGAAAAGGAUGUCCGGGAAGAGGUUGA